AUGCCAAACCCCGCGCUCCUGAAAGCUCUAGGCUAUGGCACCUUCGUGUUUGCCUUGAAACAUUCGGUAGGUGUUCACAUAAUUUUAUACCGUAUCAAGGGCCACCAUCUCAUUGUCCGUCAGGCUGCUGCGAAAGAGUUUCAACCUCUGAGGCAGUUUCAGGAACUGCCAAAUGUUGCAUACACCCGAAGUCUAGCCGGGUGGUACCAAGGCGGCGCGUUCUUGGUCUUGACUGCUCUUCUUAAUCUCAAUUGGGCGAAGAACCCCGACUCUUUGAAAGAGCCACUAAACGCUGCCAUGGCUGCUCUGGUUUCCCUUAUAUCUUGGGGAAGUUCGGCUUGGUAUCUCCGCAAGGGCCUAAAGGCGAGCGGAGUUCUGACAGCAGCAGCUGGUCUCCUCCAGGCCUGGGCGGCAUUUCAGUGA